UCAAUCUACGUUUUUCCAGAACCGAGUAUUGUGGAUGUUGUACAUAUUCGUGUCCUGUCGCUAAUGUUGGUCAAGGAAACAGUGUAUAUACUAUGUAUUUUGGUACUUCUAUCACUUCUCAAGCUAUGUCUGUCACUCGACGUAACUGUCAGUACCUGCAAUUUGUGGAACUUCAUGUUCAACUGGGAUAUCAGAAAACAUCGUAUCGCAGAACUGAUUCGGGAAUCCAACUCUGAUAUUGUUGCAUUUCAAGAAGUGCGAAGUGAUUUCUAUGAAGAAAAUUCUCAAGUGUUAGAGUUAAAGAAAUUAUUACCAGAAUACAGAUGGGCUGUGUGGCGUACAGCUAACAGUGUUGCUCAAAGUGAUAAUUUCAUCCACAAACUAUGGGCAAAGGAAGGGAUAGGUAUACUGACCAAGAGGCCUAUCCUGAGUAUGAACAUGCAGAAUCUGCCCCACCGUGGAGGCCCCGACACAAACAAGAGACUUGCCCUCCAUGUCAGCAUCAGUCUGGACAGAAAGACAGUCGUCAACAUAGUGGCAGUGCAUUUCUCCUACGACAGGCAACAACAGUGUCACAACUCGGCAGCCAUUUUAGAAUACAUAAGAUUGAAACUGCUCAAGAAUGUCAUUAUUGUCGGUGACUUCAACACAUACAUGGACUAUGAUGCCCCAGUCCGGGUGUUUACUGACAGAGUUGUCUCCCCGUCCAAUCCCUGCUACAGCGAGAUGAAAGCUCCGCCCAACCAGGCUCAAACAGCCCGAGUUCUGAUGAUGGACACUUGGGUACAAAGUUCAUCCAAAGGGGAUGGGUUCACUUUCAGCAACAUGCCAACACCAGGAUAUGAAAGUCGACCAGACCGAAUCCUUGUGUCCCGGCAAUCCUUCAAAAUAAAACUGACCCGCCUGUCUGGAAACGGAACAAUACAAAAGCAGAUACCAAGGGGCAAUCAAACUGAAGCGUGUCCGGUCACUCAUCAGAAACGCCUUCUAUUCAUUUCAAGGAUACGCUGGCUUCUCCUGUGAUCACGAUUGUGGACCCAGAGGAGUCUGUCGAUGUGGGAUGUGUGUAAAGGGAGAUAACUCUGAACGGUGUGACUUACCAAACUGUCAUGAAUGCAAUGGCUAUCUUUUUGGCAUUUUUAUAUCCUAUUC